AGGAGGGAGGCUGUGAACUGGGGCACAGCAUCAGCAGCGCAGCCCCACGCUGCUCACUCAGUCUGCUGCUGUGCGGGCUUCAGGCGGCUGCGCCCAGCCAUGUCCCGGCGGACUGCAGACCGCAGCGAGCCUUAAUUGAUCGCCACAGACAGUGUGUGGCGGUGGCGGUGGUGGUGGUGGAGCUUCCCACGCACGAACCCCCCCCCCCCUCCCUGGGGUCUCGGAGCGCUUUCGCUGGCUUCACAGAUCGCCUCGCCGGCACAGGUCGCUGCUAUUGCGAGACAUACGGACGAUUGCUGUUGUCAAAGGCAAGAGAGCUGCAGUAAUAGUGUGGCGGUGUGAUGAUGUCACGAAUGGGAGGCAAGUCACGAAGCAUGUACCACGAGGCCCGCCACCCCGAGGCAGUGCUCUCGCAGUUGAAUGCCCUCCGUCGCCGAGGGCUGCUCACCGAUGUGGUGCUGCGGGCUGGGAGUGCGGCCUUUCCCUGUCACCGUGCUGUCCUGGCUGCCUGCAGCACGUACUUUCAGGCAAUGUUUGGCAGUGGAUUGAGAGAGAGCCACGAGACUGAGGUGGAUUUCGCCGACAGCGUCGCACCAGAGGCCCUUGGUUUACUUCUGGAUUACGCGUACACGUCGCGGUUGGCGCUCAGUGAGGAGACGGCCGCAGAGGCCUUGCUGCAGGCCGCCGACAUGCUGCAGUUUCCCGAGGUGCGCGAUGCCUGCGCCGACUUUCUUGAACGCCGACUGAGCCCUGACAACUGCCUGGCGGUUCUCGUUUUGGCGGAUGCACAUGGGUGUAUGAGUCUCCGUGAGCGAUCUAGGCGUGCCUGCUUGAGGUAUUUCCCGGCGAUGGCAAGUGGAGAGGAGAUUCUAUCUCUCUCUGCCGAUUUACUUCUUGAACUCGUAGGAAGUGAGGAGCUUGAGGUGGAAGAAGAGUGCGUGGUGCUGGAGACUUGUCUGCGUUGGGUGCGGCAUGAUUCUGAUCACCGACAUUCUCGCCUGCCUGAGUUGCUGAAACAAAUUAGGCUAGCGCUGCUGCCACUGCCAUACCUCACCUCACUCGUGGACAAAGAGUUAUUGGUGGUAUUCCAGCAGAAGAGCCAAAUGCUUGUAAAGGAAGCUCUCGGCUGCAAGAGGCGUAUUCUGAACAAUGAGGGGGUGGUGACAGACCCUUGUGCACGACCACGUCAGUCGGGACACUCUCUUCUGCUCCUGGCUGGUCAGAGCUUCAUGUGUGAUAAGGUGUAUUUAGUGGACCAGAAGGCUCAUGAAAUUGUGCCAAAGGCACAGCUACCUAAUCCCCGUAAGGAGUUCAGUGCCUGUGCCGUGGGCUGCAAGGUCUACGUUACAGGUGGGCGUGGCUCUGAAAAGAGCGUCUCUAAAGAUGUGUGGGUCUAUGACAACCUUCACGACGAGUGGGGCCGUGUGGCCCCCAUGCUUGUUGCACGAUUUGGCCAUGGCUCCGCUGAGCUUGGUGGGGAGUUGUACGUCGUCGGAGGCCACACGGCUGGCACGGGCCAGUGUCCUGCCUCUCCGUCUGCUGCACUGAAGCAGGUGGAGCGAUAUAACCCUGCAACUAACUCAUGGAGCAUGGUGGCUCCCCUGCGUGAGGGUGUCAGUAACGCAGCUGUUGUGAGCACGAGGGAACAGCUCUACGUGUUUGGUGGCACUGGCGGUGUGAGCCGGGAGCGGUCACCUCGUGUGCAGUGCUACCAGUUGGAAGAAAACCGGUGGAGCAUCAUCGGUGCCUGCCCACAACCGUGGCGGCACACAUCAGCGUGCCUGCUAGGCAAGCACAUCUUUGUGCUUGGAGGCGAUACAGAAUGUUCGGCAUCGGCUGCGUACUGUUUUCACACUGAGACACACCAAUGGACCCGGGUAGAAGCAGAUGGGUUUACUGCCAAACGCAUGAGCUGCCAUGCGGUGGCCUCAGGCAACCGGCUGCAUGUGGUGGGUGGCUAUUUCGGAGCACAAAGAGGGAAAACUUUGGACUGCUACGAGCCAGCUUCUGAUAGCUGGGAGAACGUCACGAGCAUUCCUUACUCGCUGAUACCUUCUGCAUUUGUGAGCGUGUGGAAACACCCAACAACUUAGUCUAUGAGCAUGCAGGUGAGGUCCCAAUGAAAAAGUUAAAACUGGCUUAUUGUCUUAUAAAUAAUGGUUAAAUAUAUUCACUUGUAAUGUUCAGGUAUUCUAUAUCCCAAGCACAUGCUCGAUAUUUUUUUUGGUGAUUCAAAAUAUUAAAAAAAUGUCAUUUACCUUUUCAAAGUAGCUUAAGUAAUGGAGUUUUAAUUUUAUCUGCAAUAUGUAUUUUUCUUCCUGUAAAGCUCACUGCUUUGAAGGGUAAUUUCCCGAACUGUUAACUUGUGUACGUUUCUGUCUACAAGCCCAUAUUGUAUGAUAACGGUUGUAAGCGUUUUUCUAUGAUUCGUAGAGGAGUUUGGUUUACUUGUAAUUUUUAUGACUCACUAAAGUCACUGCGUAUAAGAUGGAUUGCUUUAACGACUGUAACUACUGCAGUCUGAUUGACCAUAAUUGUGAAUGCAAUUUCACAAAUGUGCAAUUUUAUUGUCUUUUAUCCAUAAAUAAUAUGAAAGUGCUGACAUAGCAGGCUCUUUAACCACCAUUAUUGGAUUUAAAAGUCUUCUGGCCCCACACGAAUGUCUGCAAUCAAUACGUUACUUUUACCAUUUAGUUGGAUGCCAACAGAUCAGUUGUUCAUUGCAACAGCUGAACAUCUGUUGUACAUAGUUGCUGUAGCUCCCUGGUGUCUUGAAUAACUUAAAUUGCAUUCAAAUACUAAUCGCAAGUAUUUCUUAUCAGCAUGCGUCGUUUUGUCGGACUGACAAGUUAUACAGACUAAUGUGGUUCCAUAUGUAAACUUAAUGAAAAUGUGGUUUUGUUGCCAGCGCACGACUUGAGUUUAUGAUUUUUGUUUUUCUUAGGUGACUGCAAUGAUGGUGUUGUUGAAUGUAGCGCAUGCUGGUCAGAAAAGCCGCUUAAAGAAAUCCUGGCCACCAUUUGAGACUGCCUGGUGUCUUAGAAAUUCUGAUGGGGUUUUUUUUCUCUCUAAAAGCUGCUCAGAACUAAACAAUGAAAAGGAAGACCUGAGCCACAUAAGUGGAUAUUGAGGAACGUGUUUGUUGUUUGAAAACAAUAUUGAUUAUUUAAGUGUUGUUAUUUUUUAUUACAAUGAUUGUGUGAUAUUUCAAGUGAUUGUUAUGCAUUUUGAGUUGGUUUUGAGGUGCAUGAAAUAUAUGUCUACUGUAUGGCUUUAUGCGGUUUGUUGCGACUAAAACUAAAGUUAAAUGGUUCAUCACUGUUGCAUGUAACUUAACGAAGUGCUGAAACAUGAUAUUGUAGGUUACACUUUGCAAAUCAAAGCUUUGCCUUAUGUAAUUGGAGGCAGCAAUGUUCAAUGCAGUUGCUUUUCAUUGUAAUUUAUUGAUUGAUGUUGGGUUAAUGUUACCUUUGUAAGAUGCGGUAUAAUACAUGACUAGAUUGAAAUGUGCCUGUGUACAUAAAACACCUUAAAAGUUUACACUCUUAAGGUAAAGUUUAUGCUUAACUGAAAGGUAUUGAAUUUUGAUUUAAAGCUUUCGUGACUGCAGUAAUUCAUAUUCUUGGUUCUUUCGGUAAAGUCACGUUGAAGGGAAACAAUAAAAUAAUAAAAUAUAUAUAUAACAAUAAAACAAUUGUUUUAUAUAUAUUUUAUUGUUUCCCUUCAACGUUACUUUACCGAAAGAACCAAUAAUAUGAAAGGUAUUGGUUAAAGGAGGAGGUACAUCUUUGGCCUAAUUAAUCUGUUUGCAGAAAUUUAUCAUUGUGUAAAGUUUAUGCUGUGAAUAAUGGCUGCCAAGUAUUUUUUUUUUGCCUGGGCGCUAUAGACCAAUGCACAGAACACACCCUAGGACGAAGCUGUAGCAAUCGGGCCGUGGUCCGUAACAAACACAUGGUUGUGUGUAUUUGUGUUGACAGCUAGGUGAAGCAGGAUAUAUGCGCGUGCGCAGCCACAAUAAUAUACAAUAUAUAGGAGUGAAAGAGAACUAAUGCGCCUGUGAGAAGCGAGGCAGAGGACAAGUUGAGUUGAACAUUACCAGAUGAAAGGUGGCAAAACUGUGAGAUACGAAACAUACAUGGCCCAGCAUAUAACAUGCAGAUUAUGAAGGCCACUGUUGACUGAGAGUAAUUCAUUGCAGAUCCCCUGUGGCAUCCAUGAUGCCAUUUUUCUGCUGCCACAUUCAUUCCUAUCAUUUGUUUAAUGCGGUCUUGCCAUUUUGUUGACCGUCACACCUGUGAACAUCUGUAAAAAAAAGAGCUUCAUAGCUCAUCGGAUUCUUCCAGUCUAAAUAAAGAUUCUGAUUCAUUGUC